AUGUUGGUGUCGUUUAUAAUUUUCGUUUUACUACCAUUUUGUUAUAUCUGUUACAAAAAAUAUGAAGCUUCACAAUUCAUGAAGAAUAUACCAUGUGCACCUGGACGAAAUUUUUUAUUUGGCAACUUAUUGAGUAUAAAGUGGGGGAAAAAAUACUCUGAUCUUCUAGACAUCCACAAUAAAUUAUUGGAAAAACUUGGUCCAAUAUUCAAAGUGUAUGUAUUAGCCUACGGCGAAUCCCUAGUUGUUGCUGAUCCAAAAUUUGUGGAAUAUAUCUUAAGCUCACAAAAACUCAUUGACAAAUCGACUUAUCACGCAUUCCUUGACAGCUGGAUAGGCACUGGUUUAGUAACGGGAGGUGGUGCUAAAUGGAGAAGACACAGACGCCUGAUAGCUCCAUCUUUCCAUUUUUCAAUAUUGAGAGACUUCAUUGAUGUUUUCGAAAGCGUUGGUGACGUGUUUAUUAAAAAAUUGAAUAAAGAAGUGGGUAAAAAAAGCGUAAAUAUUUCUCCAUUGGUGUCCCUUUGUACCUUGGAUAUUAUAUGCGAAGCUACGAUGGGUGUAAAAUUAAACGCCCAAACAGAAGUCUCAUCCGAUUACAUUAAUGCUGUAAAAACUAUGUGCAAAAUUUUCAUUUCCAGAUUAUUUUUCCCCAUUCCAAAAUAUUUAUAUUGGCUGACACCUAAUUAUUACGCGGAAAGGAAAGCCGUAAAAAUUCUUCACAAUUAUUCGGACACGGUCGUUCGCAACAAAAUCAAAGAAAACUCAGUGGUAACCGCUGAAAAUUACGACGGAAACGACGUCGAUGAAAAGAAAAAAUUGGCAUUUUUGGACCAUUUGUUAAACAUUAACGCUAAGGGAGAGGUUUUAACGACAGCGGAGCUCAGAGAGGAAAUUGAUACUGUUAUGUUCGCGGGUCACGAUACGGUCUCCGCAACGAUUAGCUUUGCGUUAUAUUGUUUGGCCCAGCACCCGGAAAUUCAGGAAAAAGUUGUCGAAGAGCAGAAAGCGAUAUUUUCCGAUUUCAAACAUGGAAAAGUAACGUUAGAAAAUAUAAAUGAAAUGAACUAUUUGGAAUUGGUUAUUAAAGAGUGUUUAAGGCUUUAUCCGCCAGUGCCUUUUCUUGGAAGGUUAUUUUCCGAAGAAGUAGAAUGGGAAGGAAAUGUUUUUCCACAAGGAUUAAACGUGAUGAUUUCUAUAUACGCGAUCCACAGAAAUGAAGAAGUUUUUCCCGAUGCAGAAAAGUUUUACCCGGAACGCUUCGUCGAAUCGAGUAAAAUCAAUUCCUAUAAUUACUUACCUUUUAGUAUUGGUCCUAGGAACUGCAUAGGUCAAAAAUUCGCAAUGUUGGAACUGAAGACCAUUCUAUCGAAAGUAAUAAGAAAUUUUAGAAUAUUUCCGUCAGAACCUAAUGAAAAAUUGAAGUUAAUUCCUAACGUUGUCCUGGAAUCUGGAAAUGGUAUUUGUAUUCGCUUGGAGAAAAGAUAA